CUUUGUUCCUUUCAAAAAAAUGGAGGGAGAUAUGGAAAUCAAACAAUCAAAGUUCAAGAGAAUCUGCGUGUUCUGUGGGAGUAGCCCUGGAAAGAGAAGCAGUUAUAAAGAAGCUGCUAUUGAGCUCGGCAGGGAAUUGGUUUCAAGAAACAUCGAUCUGGUUUAUGGAGGAGGAAGUAUUGGACUAAUGGGUUUGAUUUCGCAAGCAGUUUUUGAUGGUGGCCGCCAUGUCAUUGGAGUGAUUCCCAAGACACUUAUGCCAAGAGAGAUCACUGGAGAAACAGUAGGGGAAGUUAAGGCAGUAGCAGACAUGCACCAAAGAAAAGCUGAGAUGGCUAGACAAUCUGAUGGCUUCAUUGCCUUACCCGGUGGAUAUGGAACUCUUGAAGAACUUCUUGAAGUCAUAACCUGGGCCCAACUUGGAAUCCACGAUAAACCGGUGGGAUUGUUGAAUGUGGACGGGUACUACAACUCGUUGUUGUCAUUUAUUGACAAAGCAGUGGAAGAAGGUUUCAUCAGCCCAAAUGCUCGCCAUAUCAUAGUCUCGGCUCCCACUGCAAAAGAGCUGGUCCAGAAUAUGCAGGUUUUGUUUUUGAUUCUUUACCCAUUAAUUUUCCAUUAGUUUUUGCAAACCCCC